CACAUCAUCAGAUAGCUCCCUCGUUAAAGUUGAAUUGAGCUCUGUGUGUGUGUCUGCUAGAGUAGUUGAAAGCGUGGAGUGUGCAAAUGCGAGUGUGAGUGUGAGAGAAAGAAAGUGUGUGAAGAGCUUUCCCCUCCCCUCAUUUUUGAUUCAUUUUUAAAAAAAAAAAAUUUUCUUUUUCAUCUUAUCACCCUUCAUGGCACCCCAGCAACAACCACGCUGGCUACCAUUGUUCCUUGUCCUGCUUCUCUGUACCAUCGGUCUCCAAUCUCUCAUUAGCACAUUUCAACAUUCUCAAAAGCAGCAGUUGCAUUCAUCUCAAGUCCAAGCAGCCCCUGCUGUGCUUUCCAACAAUGUGCAUAAAAACGAUCUAAACCACCACGACUUGGUUAGGCGUAGUUUGCGACAGGUCCUGACCUUACGAAGGGACGUUGCUAUUGACAACAACAACAACAAUAACAAUAAUGGCGAUGGUAUAAAGGUUAUGGAUGCCUCCUUACCUUCCCUAUCUACAUCUUCAUCUUCAAUUGACAAGAACAACAAUGUAGAAGAGCAAUCUGUUUCUUUGGAAGAGCAAUAUUCACGUCGACCAUUACUAUUACCAUCGCCAUUAUCAUUACCAACGUCUCCAAAGAGAUUUAUGCCUAUUCUAGCAGCAAGAGCAGCAGCAGCAGGAUUCAGUGAUAGUGAUGAUAGUCAUAUGGGUGAUAAUGAUGGUUAUGAUGAAGAUGGUGACGAUAGGGAUGGUCGUCAUACUUCAUCAUGGGGUUCCAAACUUGAUCCUAAUUCUUAUUCAGAUGGUCAUCACCACCAAUAUUCACUUCGUCCUGAUGUUCGGGUGGCCACGACGAAUUGCAAUUCAGAUAUGCCUCAAGUCUUCAGCCCUGGUUGGAAUGGAUCUUUUAGUAGCAACUCACCCGACGGUGUUUAUCCAGCUCAAUCACGAUCUUGUAAAUGGAUCAUACAAGCAGCUGGUGGAACCGUUAGCCCGAACCCAACUGGGAAUGGAAAAUCGACUAAUACCUCACCCUAUAUCAUCUCAUUGACGUUCUGGUCACCUAUUCAACUUGUAUGCGGGAUUGACUAUUUGACGAUUUAUGAUGGUCCCGAUACAUCUUCUCCGGUCAUUGCCAAAUUAUGUGGUAACAUCUGGAUGGAUAGUACCCCAACAAUUUAUUCGUCUGGUCCGGAUCUGACUGCAGUCUUUACAUCACAGGAAAGAACCCCUGGAUCAUUUGGUUUUACAGCUGGAUGGAGUGCAAUUUUGCCAUGCAACGUCUGUAUGAAUUCAGGAAGAGGAACUUGUAACGCCAAUCGAUGUGUUUGUACUAGCCAAUAUACUGGCUCUGUCUGUCAACGAGAAGCGGCUGUGUUCAAAGAUUUCACACCAAGGUCGCAACAUGCAAUGGCAUACGAUGCUGGCAAGGACAUGGUCUUUAUCACCGGCGGUACUAGCUCCCAAACCCGAUUUAUGUCCAUGUCUGAAAUCCUAACAUACUCAUUUGCAACAAACAAGUGGAAUAAAAUCACAGUCAGUGGCAGAGGUCCCGACCCUCGUUAUGGACACUUCUCAUUCAUUUACAAUGAUGACCUUUACGUCUAUGGUGGGAUCACGAGUUAUGAUGCUUUGGCAGAUGUCUGGAAAUACAAUGGCAAACAAUGGUCUUCACGACAACCCCUCAAUCCAGAUCAACUCCCCACAGGAAGAGCAGGGGCCAGUUGUGUUCUUGUGACUCAGAAUAAUGUGACCCGUCUAGUGGUCUUUGGAGGAUUGAAUGCCCAGGGCGAGACCGUUCGGGAACUGAAUAUGUAUGAUAUUGAAACCGGAAUGUGGAAACGAGCCGAUCAUCAAAAUUCCGUCGGCUUAGCUGGCGCCACUGCAGUCUAUCACGAGGCCACAGAAUCGAUUUAUUUCUUUGGAGGCAUGGUCAAUCAAACGACCAGAAACACGAUUACUUAUCAGUACUAUAUUCAACAUGACUUGUGGUAUGCUCUCGCGCCAAGAAUCGACCCUUUGACUUCCCAACCUGUCCCACCAUAUACAGACACAUCGCCUAAUAAUCCAGAUCCUGAUGAUGAGGAAGAACUUACAGAUGCUGAGCCACAAGAGAACAGUAUGGUACAGCAAUAUUUACCGCCAGUAAUGUACGAUCAAGUGUCGGGCGUCUGGGCUCCUGCAGGGUUGAUGGGCGAUGAUAUGGUCUUGAUCUAUGGAGGAAUGAAGCCCUUUGGACUCGGACUAAAUGUGAGAGAACAGUCAUGUUAUGUCCACAAAAUAACCUUGUUUGACAUGUCCUGUCAAAACUGGACAACCUAUGAUAUGGCUGAUGUAAAUGGCGUUAUCCGAGAUCGUGUCAACCACACGAUGGUCCUGAGGCCACCUGGAGCUCCAGGAGGGAGUAAGACUGCAUGGACAGCGUAUAUCUUUGGAGGCUUUAAUGGCUAUGAACAUCAGGAUGUAGUCAAUAUCACUAUCAAUCUUCCAGCACGGGCUCCCGCCGACGUCAACAACUGUCGAGCUUUACGAUGGUGCAGUUUAUAUGAUGAUUGUCAAAAUUGCAAUCCCAACUAUUGCUCCUAUGUCGGAGGACUAUGUCUGUUUGACACCGAUAAGGCCAAGCUAACAAUCUCACCAACGGGCUCGGCUUCAUCGCCCUUGUUCCUUCUGGGAACUGCAUCAGAUAUUCCUAAGAAUGGAACCCUCCAAGAUUUGAUCCGUCAAAGGCCUGAUCUGAAAGACCAAGUCCUCACUUCAUCAGAUACCUGUCCUAGUCGAGUGGCCCUGGAUGUCAAGGCCACCUAUUCUAACGUCCUUCAACCGGGUCAAGAAAUGACGUUUAAAACCUAUAUUGAUUCUCUGGACCCAGAUAUUCAAUUCGAAGUAACGACCGAGCCUGCGACGGCUGGACUCCAUUUCCGAUCACAGAACGUUUGGGAAGGAUUUAUGAACAUGUACUGGCGCGCCAGCCAUGGAUUAACAGAUGAUUCUUGGAAUGGGUAUUCUGAAACUUCGUCUCCAACUCCUUCCGACAUCCCUCCAGAAUCAACACAGGGCACUUUUCCAGUGAUCACGCCGAUGGGUAUCUUGAACGUGAGUGAAUUAUAUAACCGAUGGACCCGGUUUUCAGGUCUGGAUGCCUCCCCUUCUUCUUCUGCAUUAUAUCAAUCCACAGACCCUUCGGCGCUCAUUGAUUUCCCAGCAGGAGAUCCCCGUAGGUUCUCGGGUUAUCAUGUCUAUUCUCUCAAAAACCCCAAUUCAGAAGCUGUAGCCUUUUCAUUGACGGUUCAUUUAUUGGAUCACCCCGUGGACGAUCAUCCUGACAAGGGAAGUCAGGUCGAUUUGGCAACGCUCGGAUUUGUAACAGUGGGAUUUAUCUUGGGGGUUCUGGUAUUGAUUUUGGUGGGACAGAAAGUCCGAAAGAUGAUGCAACAAAGAGAUGAAGUACGAAGAGCUGCUGCAGAGAUGAGAAUGUUGGAACAAGAAGCAGCGGCGGAAGAAGAAGAAGAAAAUAGGAGACGACAAGCUUUGGCCAUGCCAGCUUCAGCUUCCCCAGAUAGUUGUCUAAAAGACAUGAAACCCAUGUACAGGAUCAUUGUUGGAGUUCAACCCCAACUAGAGCAGCAACAACAUCAGCAGCCAUCAGAGAAGGCACCUAUUGCUAGCAGCAGAGGUCGAUCCGUUACUUUCUCCACCCUCCGAAACCGUGGCCCCACUAAAAUGAACCAUCCAGACACAGAAACGGCAACUAGAUUGGUUUCAACGCCUCAUAUUCCAGGCAUAGAUGCAGGAAGGAGACCUGGAUCUGCAAGCCAUAAUGAACGUGAUAGGACAAAUUCACAAGUAAAACCGGAUUACAUUCGUGAUCUUGGUUCGUCAAACCCCCCUCCUGACCCAUCUAAUAGUGGUAACAGCCAUAAGCAUCAUCGAACUUCAGACACAAAUAGUGAACCCCAUUAUCAAGAGGAGGGCGGUUCUUCUGGGGAAAACUGGCUGCGCCAAAGCCUAGAACGCUCAACAUCAUUGCGGUCGUUCCGUCAUCAGUUUCAAUUAUCAAAGGAUGAGGCUGAAGAUCAAAAGCAACUGAAGACUGCUGAGGAUGGACAGGAUAAGGAUGGGGAUAGUAAUGAUGAUGGAACGGGCGUCGGCCAUAAUGACCGUCAUGAUAAUGGGGAAGAUCAUGGAAUCUUGGAACUCGACAUGCUUUCACCAACGGACUUGAAUAGCCUAGAAAAAUCACUUUCUCCGUCUGCGCAAGUUUUGCCGCAGCGGCGUAGGUGGAAUCCUUUAUUGGUCCAACCAAUCUCGAUCGAACCUCUCGUCUUCCAUGGUGGGCUGGUUCCCAGAACUAGAAGACAUUAUCGACGAUAUCAGCGUUCAAUUUGGCGCCGACAGCAACGAGAGUUGAAGGAACGACAGCAACAGACGAAUGGCAGAGCCACACCUUCCUCUGUGCUUUCUCGAUCCACAUCCAGAAAAAGUACAAGCUCCCGUGUACGAAUGUCACGAGAACCACGACCACCUACCUCUGGCGCGGGAAUUGGAGUAGAUGCUGAAGUAGGUGCUGGAGUAGGUGCCGGAGUGGGCGGUACCCUUCGAGAAAUCCAUAGGUCUGCUUCAAAGAUGACUCUCCGAUCAAGAACAAACGCUCUUCCAGUUCCUACAGAAUUAAACUUAGAGGACGACAAGGACAACCUGCCAUCCUCGACUUCAGAGUCAAUUGAAAUGGAAUCACUACCGCAUCGAGGCGAUCCUACCACAGCUGUUACUAAUAUGGAGCGAGCAUCCCCUUCUACUCCACUUAAACGUUCUGUCAGGAUGAGAGGACGACAGGAAUAUGAACCUGGUCCUCUCUUGGGAAUGAACGUAUUGAUUGUCUUCCCAGGCGAUCCCAGGACGCGACCUGUUAUGCAUGCGGAAGAAGUUGCCGCUGUAGUAGCUACUUCCACUGGCACAGACGAAAGUGGAUCUGAAACUAUUCACGGGCAUGGCCAUGGUCAUGGUCAUGAGCACAGUCACAAUAGAAGCAGCAAUGGCAGCAGCGAUACUCAGGGCAUGGAAGGAUCGUCAUCCGUUGAAUCGUCAGAAAGUCAACAGCAGCAGCGUCUGCCUCCAAUGGCAAUAGGAACAGUAUUCUUACCAGAUCCCGUACGCUGGUGGGCCUAUAAGGCACAUCAGGAUCGAGAACAGCGAAGAUUUGAGAGAGAGAUGAGGAGGUUACACAGGCAACAGGAACAACUGCUUGAGAGUAAAUCAUUGUAG